UCAGUCUAGGGGGCCUCAAAAGUUAGAGCUCUUCGAGGCUCUGGGAGGAAAUGAGGGGCCCGGAGCAGGUGUCUGCUAAGUGCUGGUGACUGAACAAGAACGUGUAUGACCAUGACAGAGAGAUCCUGGGGACACAAGUGACACUGUGAACCAUCAGAAAGACAAGAGGCUGGUCAUACAGGGAAACUAGGCCCUAGGGCGCACCACUAGGAGAGCAAAGCUGCAUCUCGUAUCUCAAAGAUGAUUCCAGAUCAAUACAGACCACAUCCCUGGCUGACCUGCCAAGCCAUUCACUCAUUUCCCAGGGCUCCAAGUCAGAACCCUGACGUUGGCUCCCAGCGCGGCCUCAGAGAGUCUAAGCAGAACACUAAUCAGAGCUGACUGCUGUUUUUUCCACCUUAUUAAAACACCACAGAGAUUAAGUAAUAACUUGGCUCCAUUCGCAACUCCCCGUUAGCAUCCCAGAGGCUGGAUGGGUCUCUCAGGAGCUGUACUUGUAAACGAGCAGUCCUCACCUUUGAGCCUUGGUGGGGGGGCAGGGACAUUUGGGCCCAUCUCAGUGAGAAAGUACCAACAGCAGAUAUUGAGGGUAGCCUCAGCAGGGAGCCAGGCUAGGCCCUGGGAAUUGCAGGUAUGACGGGUUAUGUCCCCACUUACAUUCUGUCUAUGCGUUAUGUAGCUGCUACUAGGGCACAGGACUAAUGGGAUAAAGAAGGAGUCUCCCUGAAAGAGUUCAGAACCAAAAGAAAACGAGUAUUUUCAAAUUAAUAAUCAAAAGUAUGGUGGUAGCAGUAGUUCUUAUUCUUCCUCUCCUCCUCCUCCCUUCCCCUCCUCUUCCUCUGCUCCUCCUCUUCCUCUCCCUCCUCCUCCUCCUCCUCCUCCUCUUCCUCCUUCUCCCCCUUGCCUCCUCCUCUUCUUGCUCAGACAAAUUUUCUCUAACCCUGGCUGUCCUGCAAUUCACUCUGUAGACCAGGACGGCCUCGAACUCACAGAGAUCCACCUGCCUCUGGCUCCCUAAUGCUGGGAUUAAAAGUGACCACUUCCACUGCACAGCAAACGGUCCUAACUGAGUCUGCCAUCGAGCUUGUCAGUGACUAAGAUGCAUCUGUGCUGCAGCUAAGAACUUCAAUGGAGGCUUCGGAACAUGUUUCCAGCCAACCUGGUAGAAGCCACAUUCAAACAGUACCGCACCAAAACCACCCCAGUUAUCAAGUCUCCCAAAGGGGCUGCGGAGGAGGCCCCUCCCCGGGGGAUCGUCAUCUACGGGGUCCAGGAAGACAACGGCUCACGUGUGCAGAACUUUGCCCUGGACCUGACGCCCCCGCCUGAGAUUGUCUAUAAGUCAGAGCCUGGUACGAGUGACGGCAUGAACGUGCUAGGCAUCGUCAUCUUCUCGGCCACUAUGGGCAUCAUGCUGGGCCGCAUGGGUGACAGCGGGACCCCCCUGGUCAGCUUCUGUCAGUGCCUUAAUGAGUCCGUCAUGAAGAUCGUGGCAGUGGCAGGGUGGUACUUCCCCUUCGGCAUUGUCUUCCUGAUCGCUGGCAAGAUCCUGGAGAUGGAUGACCCCAAGGCUGUGGGGAAGAAGCUGGGCUUCUAUGCCGUGACCGUGGUUUGUGGGCUGGUGGUCCACGGUCUCCUAAUCCUGCCCCUGCUGUAUUUCCUCAUCACCAGGAAGAACCCCAUCGUCUUCAUCCGUGGCGUCCUCCAAGCUCUGCUCAUUGCACUGGCCACCUCCUCCAGCUCAGCCACCCUGCCCAUCACCUUCAAGUGUCUGCUGGAGAACAACCACAUCGACCGACGCAUCGCUCGCUUUGUGCUGCCCGUGGGCGCCACCAUCAACAUGGACGGCACUGCGCUCUACGAGGCUGUGGCUGCCAUCUUUAUUGCCCAGGUCAACAACUACGAGCUAGACUUUGGCCAGAUCAUCACUAUCAGCAUUACAGCCACUGCAGCCAGCAUUGGGGCGGCUGGCAUCCCGCAGGCAGGGCUCGUCACCAUGGUCAUUGUGCUCACCUCUGUGGGACUGCCGACCGAUGACAUCAACCUCAUCAUCGCUGUAGACUGGGCACUGGAUCGCUUCCGAACCAUGAUUAACGUGCUGGGCGAUGCGCUGGCAGCAGGGAUCAUGGCCCACAUCUGCCGGAAGGAUUUUGCUCAGGACAUGGGCACUGAGAAAUUGCUGCCCUGUGAAACCAAGCCAGUGACACUGCAGGAGAUCGUGGCUGCCCAGCAGAACGGCUGUGUGAAGAGUGUGGCUGAGGCCUCAGAGCUAACCCUGGGCCCCAAGUGUCCACACCACAUCCCGGUCCAGGUAGAGCAGGAUGAAGAGCUGGCCACUGCCAGCCUAGACCACUGCACUAUCGAGAUCAAUGAGCUGGAGACCAAUGUGUGAGCCUGCAGGGCCGCAGAGCCAGGCCAGACCCUGAGGUUUGGGCUAAGCGUAGGAGUUAAACUCAAAACAUACCUGAGCAUCUGGUACAUCCCACCCUGACGGGCUAGCCAGCCACCGAUGAGAAAUAGCAUCUCAAAAGGGAGACAACUGUGUGCAGAGGCCCCAGUCAGCAACUAUGGCUCUCUCGUGGCCCAGCUGUGACAGUUUCUAGUACCUGAGCCCAUGAAGGCACCUGGUAGGGGUAUUUGCCUAUUCUUUGUGGAAAAACAGCUGGGGGAGGGGUGGGUCUGAGAGCUAAAACCACUCCUUGAAAGAACCAUCAUGGCCAAGAGGUUAAUUCAAGUCUUUGGCGUCUCAGCCACUCCCUUCUAAUGAACAAGGAACAGUGAAAGAGGUUCUGCCUUCUCCAGGGUCCCCACGGCCACAACAGCUUCCAACUCAGGAAGAUAUAACAACAGUGUCCCUGUUUCUGCCCUAGCUGCGCCCUGGCCAGGUCAACCCUGCUCCACCCCACAGCAUGUGGCUUUAACUCAAGAAGGGCUGGCCCACCCCAGGUCUGAGGCCUGCUGCCUUCACGUUACAGCCUGUCCGUGUCUGUCCUCCAGACCUCUCUCUCAUCUAACAUGGAGACUGAUGCCACUAGGGCUGGGAGACCCAAUGGGUACAGCUCAGCCAGCCUUUCAUGAGAUGGGUGGGCAAAGAGGGCUAGAAAGAGAAAGACCCAGCUUGGGACGCUCUGGCCAAGUGACUAGCAGUACUUUGGGGUCUGAACUCUUUGGGUGGCAAAAUGGAGUGAGAGUCCCCAGUCCCUUCCGUGUUUGCAAUAACGUGAUAAUAAAAAUCUUUGAUUUUUCAA